CACUUCUCUACCCUCUUCUUCUUCUCCUUCUUCUCCUUCUUCUUCUCCUUCUUCUAUUUCCUUUGGAAGAACCCCACAAGAAGGAAAGGAAAAAAAAGGAGAAAAAAGAACAUGGAAAGGCUAAGGGGCUGGGUCAAUGGGGACAAUGUGAGAGAGCUGAGAGAUCUGGGAAAAGAUGGGAAUCAACUGUCGAGUUCAUUUAUGGUCCCCUCCCCAUCGGAUCGGAUGGACUCCGAAAAGAGAGAUCGGCUUGCGAGGACCAAGAUCUGCGUGGACAAGGGGGUGCAGGCGGGAGUGAAGGCGGCAGUUGUGGCAACAGUACUUGCAGCAGUGCCGACAAUCUACAUUUGUAGAACUGUGCCAUGGGCAAAGGCCAAUCUAAAUUACACGGCACAAGCACUCAUCAUCUCAUCAGGGUGUUGCCAAGCCAUUUUUCUCCGACGCGGCUGCAUGCGCACCACGACUUUCGGUGGUCGCGGCUGUCAGAGCCAAACGACUGGCGACGCCAGCUAAAAGGAGGCGGCCCACCCGGGUUUGUUUUUUGGGCGCGCAGGGCGUUUUGAGUCAUUUGGCCCUCAGGAGAAAGUGGCUCGGACGCACUGGUGGUUUAAUUGAGUGUUUCAGUAGUCACAUCUUAAGAAACAUUUUUCAAAGCCAGGAGGAAAAAAAAAAAAGGACAAUGAAGAUUGGUGACAGUUUAGACUCCAUACCAGCAAUGCGGAUGGUCCAGAGAAUUCUCAGACGUCCGGCAGGGACACAGAGGACCGGCACUUUUUGCAGAGCAUAAGAGAUAAGAUGGUUCAGGGGAGUAGUAUUGCACUCUACAACAUGCUCCCCCUUUCGUCCUGUUUCUUCAGUUCUGAAGGGGAAAGAGGGGGGGGGGGGGGAGUUGCAUGGGGGUGAAGAGGGGGGGGUCAAAGGGUUGUGUUUGUGUGCUUGGUAGGGGGGGAGGGGUUGGAGCGACGCGGAGAGGGGGCGGCGUCCGUUAACGAUCCAUGUGAGCCUUGUUAAUGGGUUUUGAUUGUUCAGGGCUUGCAGGGAUCUUUACCUGCAAUCGCGUCAUAUUCUUGAAUGAGCGCCGAAAAAUUAAAAUUGCAUUAGACAGAGCCUGGCGGCCUUCGCGAACCUCGACCGAACCUUCUUAUUUAGUUUACCCUCCCGAAGUUCGACCCACCCUAGAGUUGCUAAAUGGGGGAGUGCCGACCCUUGUCUGAACCCCUGCUCCCCUGUUGCAGACCCCUCCCAAAUUUUCGACCGACCGCUGGAGUUGCUAAAUGUCGACCAGCUGACCGCCGAACCUAGUAUGUUAUUGAUCCUCCUGCAUUUCCACAGACCCUGUAGUUGCUUAACCCCACAUGUCGAUCAUUAACCCCUCGUUUGGAUUCCUUAACCCCACAUUUCGAUCCUUAACCCCUUAUUUCCCCCGCCGACCCUGGAGUUGCCAAAUCUGGGUCCAGGUUGUUAUGUGAGAACAAAUUUUGCUUUGUUGU